GAAGACCGAAAGCGCAUAUUUCGUUUGUUGCGUUACUUCACAUCAUAUUUGUGAUGCUAGUUGUCGUCCUGAAAGAAUAUGACCAUUCUCCACUUAUCUCCAUAAAUCAGUGAAUAGAUAACAAUACAAGUAAGAUUUGUGCGCUAGACUAUAUUUCAUGGACGACACAACCACAUUAAAGAGAUCAGAUCUUGGAUUUUGGCGCGAAAUGCAUUCACUCAUUUGGCUAAAUACCAUUUUGGCCUUAUAGCUGAUGUUUCUUGAUGGUAUUAUUAAGUCCAAUUCUUAACCGCAACAUUCAAGUGUUAAUCCUAAUUUCUCACACUAAUAUAUAACCCUCAUGUACUAGGCCUAGUAAGUACCCAUGGGUAGAUUGCAUGGGAGAUUGCAAUCACCCAAUUUUGGGGAACUUUGAGUAAAUUUUUGGGUUUUCCCUAAAGUCUGAGAAAAUAUAGAAGUCUUACCCAAAGUUUGGAAAAAAAAACUCGAAGGAUUAUAAGAUUUUGGGGAAAUAUUGAGGAAGACUUCGAAUUUCCCCAAACUUAGAUGUUUGGGGGUUGGGUAGGUGGACACGUGAAAGUCAUUUUAGUAUUGUUCAAAGGUCAUCCAUAAAAUAUAGUCUUGCCCAUUUCAAAAGCACCACUUAGAUUUGCGUCGAAAAUUCUGUUUUUGCUUUCAUUUACACCAAGUAAGUUACGCGGUAUUAUCUGCUAUUAGCUUGAAUAUCACCACUAUUCGUAUUUACUCACGUUAUCAAGGAACUAAAUUUUUUUCCAAUGGACUUAGGAAAAACGGUAUGUGCUUUAAAAAAUACCAUUUCACUUUCUGAGGUAAUACAGCCGAAUAAGGGAAAUGAGUUAUACCUCCAUGACAAACCGUAUAGAUGUUCCUUGUGACAUUUAACUCCCACUUGUUAGCUAUAUUGUGAAAAUGUUUACACAAUUUCCUACGAAACUUACCUACUAUAUGAGUUAUAUCAGUUUCUGAGUAUCCAUCGUCGUAAUGAACAUAUCAGUGAUGUUUGGAGUUAUUGUACCUCUUUGAUAUGAAACGUAAAGCCCGGUUACUGUUGUGGAUCAUGCUACAUAGCAUAUGUUUAUUACCGCCAGUGCCUUAGUAGUUGAAAUAGUAACACAACUUGUAUGGGAUCUUUCGUUUUGAUUAGGAGUUCACCAAUCCAUCAUUUUUGCUUUUAUCUUGAUUUGGGUUUAAUUUUAUUUCACAACUAGGUAUGGCCUACAUUCCUCUCAUGUUAUAGCACAUAGUGGUCUUUUGAGUUCAAAAAACAGAAAGGGCUGGGGUUCGUACGUUACUCGAUCUCUAGUUUCAGAAUGGGAGUCCAUGGAUUAUGGGGAAUACUCUCAUCUGUCCAAGAAUACCGCCCCUUAUCCAAAAUUGGCUGCGAUUCUGUUGCUGUCGAUCUCAGUAUAUGGAUUUGUGGAGAUAAGUCAAUUGGACCCUUACCUGCACUACAUUUAAGGAAUUUGUUUUUCCGGUUAGUGGGUCUAUUACGUCAAAAUACCCUGCCUGUCGCAGUUUUGGAUGGUGUCGCUCCGUCACUAAAAUCGGAUGUUAUGGAACAAAGACAACAAAAAUGGACAGGGAAGAUCACAACUCAGAAAUGUACGAAACCAAAUCGUAGUAGAAUACGGUUCUCAAAAAUAUCUCAAGAAUGCAUUCAACUACUUAAUUCAUUUGGCAUUCCAUGGGUCCAGAGUCCUGGAGAAGCGGAAGCUAUGUGUGCAUUCCUUAACUCAAGUAAACUAGUGGACGCUUGUAUCACAAAUGAUGGUGACGCUUUUCUGUAUGGUGCUGAGACAGUUUAUCGUCAUUUCUCUAUGGAUAGUCGGGACUCCAGUGUUUGUGUUUUUCACAUGCAUCGUAUACGCAACGUACUGAAUUUGACGAAAUGUGAUUUAGUUCUACUUGGCAUUUUGUUGGGUUGUGAUUAUUGGGCAAGUGGUGUCUCUCGUUUAGGUCCGGUUGGAGCUUUACGUUUGAUUGCAUCCUUGAAAUCUCCAAAUCUGCAUGUAGAUGAGCAUUUCCUCAUUACAUUUUUGACUUGGUUAACAAGUACUUGUCCACAAAAUUGCGAAGAUUUCAAUCUCAAUCCAUUUGAUCUUCGUGUAUGUCCAAGUGUUAUAAAAAUGUGGCUGCGUGUUGGCGUAGAAUUAAAGAAUUGUCCUUACGAAGAAAUAUUUGCAGAAUUCUUAACUAGUUUUGAAAAUCGUAAUUGGAUCUUACCCAAACAGGAAUCUGUUUCUCAGUGGAAACGACCAGAUCCAAGAAAAGCUGUAUCUUUUUGUCAAAUUCAUUUAAAUUGGGAUCCAGCCUAUACUCUUCAACAUUUUUUACCAGUUAUGGCAUUAUGGGAUUUAAGACAUCCUCAAAUUUAUAAUUCACCUUCAUAUAUCAAGUCGUUAAUUGAUUAUCAAAUUGAUGAUUCUGUUAUUUUGAAACCUUUAAGGAUAGUAAAGAAACGCAUAGUUAAUUAUGUAGACUCUUACGAAGUCGAGUGGGAAAGAUUGGGAUUCGAUAAAUGGUCCGGACAAAAAAAUAUUCUGCAUCCCAAUGAUGAAAAUGUUCAGAAUAUAAAUACUUCUGAUAAUUGCAAUUAUUAUUUUUCUGUACCACAAAUAGAAUUUCGUAGAGCUCAUAGUGAAAUUUGUUCUGUGUUCGAAAAUUCCACGCGUCAAAUUCUAAUUGGGAAGAAAAAAACAAAGUCGAAGUUGUCUAAAAUUGACAAAAAUCAACUUAUGUUAGAUGAAGCAUUCAAGGGUUUAAGUAUAUCAACUAAAAAAGUAAAUAAGAGUGAAUCAGAAAAAGACAAAAGUCCUAAUAUUUUGACUUCGCUUACUAAUCUCAUUAGGCAUCCAGUGUGGGAGUCAGACAAUUCAAGCAUUGAUGAAAAUGAAUAUGUUGAUUACAAUAAUGAUGUAAACAGAAAUCACAAGCAUAUGUUGCCUGAAUCAAUCUUUUCCGAAAUGAAUAUUGGUUAUAAUAGUGAUAUUGAAGCGUACAAUCACACUGACCGCGAAUCGCCACCACCGUCUCUCUCCGCUGUAUGCACAUUUUCAUCUCCAUUGAGUAGUGAAUUGAAAUCUACAUUUUCUAACUUGACCAAACGCUCAUCUUCAUUGUCUAAUUUAUUUAAUAACCCACGUUUACAAUUGCAAACUUCUCUUCUAUCCAAUUCUUUUGUAUCUGAAAGGAAAAUCUCACAUUCCAGUCUUUUGUCACCAUCAAUCUUCUCUAGUUGUUCUUCUUGUUCAACUGACAAAGAAGAUGAUAUAAUUACUGGUCAUAGUGUUUCACGAAUAAUUGAAAAAUUCCGUACACCUAAAACAUUAAAAGAUCGGUUAGGUGUUGUAAAUUAUUUUUAAUGAAUGAAUCGCUCUCACUAAACUAUUUUAUUGAAAUAGUAUUACUUUUUUUAUCCACCUUUUUGCUUUAUUCCAUGCUUGUCUUUAUAUGCAUUACUAUACAACCAGGAAAUUUUGUUAACUUUUUUAAAUGCUUACGAUUUUUUCUUCUCUCUAAAUAGCCUUUCUUGUAUUGUCGUCUUUAUUUUUUUUACCCUGUUGUAAAUACAAUUUAUUGUUUUUUAAAACCUGUUUCUAUGAGAUCUUUUCAAAAUUUAUUUAAAUGAAACAGAUUUUAUUUUCUAUAGAAAUAUGCUGUCAUGAAUGUUGAUGAAAGAAUGCGUCUGUGUUUCUAGUUAUUCGUAUUAUUUUAACUUCGGUCCAUUUUAAGGAAUAAAGCUACUAGAUAAUUACCAUAACACAUAAAUGACACCUUUCUUUGCUUAUCAGGAAAAGGUAUUCACUUAUUCAUCAGAGCUUUGACAAAUUAAACGGUAAAAUUUUAAAGUUUGUAUGGUUCGAGAGUAUCCAUAUUUUCCGGUAUUAGUUUCUCAGCUGCAUAACCAAACUUGUUUUAGAAUCCUCUGGUUACUUAAAAUUGUUUUGAGCUGGAGUAAUGUCUUUCCGGACAAGAGAAAUGUCAUUAAUAAACUGUUUUUUGGACC